CGCUGGCGCCCGGGAGGAAGUGGGGGGGAGGAGACUCCUCGGGAGCCCCUCCCCCCGGUGCCCGCCCAGCGCAGCCUGCAGGGAAGCCACAGCCCCGCAGACCCGCGCGUCCCCUCGGCGCCCCCCGGCCCUGCCCGCUCCGGCUGCCCCCGUGGAAGUCGCAGGGCGACCUGAAGUCGAUCCAGCCAUGGCGACUCCCUCUGCUGCCUUUGAGGCACUUAUGAAUGGAGUGACGAGCUGGGAUGUCCCGGAAGAUGCCAUCCCCUGCGAACUGCUUCUCAUUGGAGAGGCCUCCUUCCCGGUCAUGGUGAAUGACAUGGGCCAGGUCCUCAUUGCCGCCUCCUCCUAUGGCCGAGGCCGCCUGGUGGUGGUGUCCCACGAAGACUACUUGGUAGAAGCCCAGCUCACUCCCUUUCUCCUCAAUGCAGUGGGUUGGCUGUGUUCUUCCCCCGGGGCUCCCAUUGGCCUACACCCAUCCCUGGCCCCCCUGGCCAAAAUUCUUGAGGGCUCUGGGGUGGAGGCAAAGAUUGAGCCGGAAGUGAAGGAAUCCCUGGGGGUUUACUGCAUUGAUGCCUACAAUGAAACCAUGACGGAAAAAUUGGUCAAGUUUAUGAAACGCGGAGGGGGCUUGCUCAUUGGAGGCCAGGCCUGGGACUGGGCCAACCAGGGCGAUGAUGAAAGGGUGCUUUUCACGUUCCCUGGCAACCUCGUGACCAGCGUGGCCGGCGUGUAUUUCACAGACAACAAAGGGGACACAAGUUUCUUUAAAGUCUCCAAGAAGAUGCCCAAGACCCCAGUCUUAGUUAGCUGUGAGGAUGACCUCUCCGAGGACAGAGACGAGCUCCUGCACGGGAUUUCAGAGCUGGACAUCAGCAACUCGGAUUGCUUCCCAUCCCAGCUGCUGGUGCACGGAGCGUUGGCCUUUCCCCUGGGGUUAGACUCCUACCAUGGCUGUGUCAUAGCGGCUGCCCGCUACGGCCGGGGCCGGGUGGUCGUGACUGGCCACAAGGUGUUAUUCAGCGUCAGCAAACUGGGCCCCUUCCUGCUCAAUGCUGUGCGCUGGCUGGACGGGGGCCGCAGAGGCAAGAUUGUGGUGCAGACAGAACUGAGGACACUGAGCAACCUGCUCGCCGUGGGGGGCAUAGACACCAGCGUCGAGCCCCAUCUGACCAGCGACGCGAGUGUCUACUGCUUUGAACCCGUGAGCGAUGUCGGGGUCAAAGAGCUGCAGGAGUUCGUAGCGGAGGGCGGGGGACUGUUCGUUGGAGCCCAAGCCUGGUGGUGGGCCUUCAAGAACCCCGGAGUGUCCCCUUUGGCUCGCUUCCCAGGAAACCUCCUCCUCAACCCCUUUGGCAUCAGCAUCACAAGCCAAAGCCUCAAUCCGGGGCCCUUCCGUACCCCUAAAGCAGGGAUCAGGACCUACCACUUCCGCUCCACUCUGGCCGAGUUCCAGGUCAUAAUGGGCCGGAAGAGAGGGAAUGUGGAAAAGGGCUGGCUGGCAAAGCUCGGGCCGGACGGGGCAGCCUUCCUCCAGAUCCCCGCAGAGGAGAUCCCUGCCUACAUGUCUGUGCACCGGCUCCUGCGGAAACUGCUGAGUCGCUAUCGGCUCCCAGUGGCAACCCGGGAGAACCCCGUGAUCAACGAUUGCUGCAGGGGUGCGAUGCUCUCCCUGGCCACUGGUCUGGCCCACUCUGGGAGCGACCUCUCUCUGUUAGUGCCAGAAAUCGAAGACAUGUACAGCAGCCCCUAUCUGCGUCCCUCAGAAUCUCCGAUCACCGUGGACGUCAACUGCAACAAUCCAGGCACCAGAUACUGCUGGAUGAGCACCGGGCUCUACAUUCCUGGAAGGCAGAUCAUCGAGGUCUCCCUGCCUGAAGCGGCUGCCUCUGCUGACCUGAAGAUACAGAUUGGCUGCCACACGGACGACCUGACCAGAGCCAGCAAGCUGUUCCGAGGCCCGCUCGUGAUCAACCGCUGCUGCUUGGACAAGCCCACCAAGUCCAUCACCUGCCUCUGGGGCGGCCUCCUCUACAUCAUCGUGCCUCAGAGCAGCAAACUGGGCUCCGUGCCCAUCACUGUGAAGGGCGCUGUGCACGCGCCGUACUACAAGCUGGGGGAGACCUCGCAGGAGGAGUGGAAGAGGCGUAUCCAGGAGCACCCAGGUCCCUGGGGGGAGCUGGCUACGGACAACAUCAUCCUGACCGUGCCAACCGCCAAUCUCCGCACCCUGGAGAACCCCGAGCCGCUGCUCCGCCUGUGGGACGAGGUGAUGCAGGCUGUGGCGCGCCUGGGGGCCGAGCCCUUCCCCCUGCGCCUGCCCCAGAGGAUCGUCGCCGACGUGCAGAUCUCAGUCGGCUGGAUGCACGCGGGGUACCCCAUCAUGUGCCACCUGGAGUCCGUGCAGGAGCUCAUCAACGAGAAGCUCAUCAGAACCAAGGGGCUGUGGGGCCCCGUCCACGAGCUCGGCCGGAACCAGCAGCGGCAGGAGUGGGAGUUCCCCCCGCACACCACGGAGGCCACCUGCAACCUGUGGUGUGUCUACGUGCACGAGACCGUCCUGGGCAUCCCUCGAGGCCGCGCCAACAUUGCUCUGUGGCCUCCGGUUCGGGAGAAGAGGGUUCGAAUCUACCUGGGCAAGGGUCCCAACGUGAAAAACUGGAACGCGUGGACCGCCCUGGAAACAUAUCUGCAGCUACAGGAGGCCUUCGGGUGGGAGCCCUUCAUCCGUCUGUUCACUGAGUACAGGAACCAGACCAACCUGCCCACAGACAACGUUGACAAGAUGAAUCUGUGGGUGAAGAUGUUCUCCCACCAAGUGCAGAAGAAUCUGGCUCCGUUCUUUGAGGCCUGGGCCUGGCCCAUCCAGAAGGAAGUGGCUACCAGCCUGGCCUAUCUGCCUGAAUGGAAGGAAAAUAUUAUGAAAUUAUACCUCCUCACACAGAUGGUCCUAGCCUUGCCCUGUCAGCUCACUGCCCCUGCAUCUGACUGCCUGGUUCCACCCCGAGAAAGUGGGUUAAGAACACAGCAAAAAGGGGAGUCAGAACUUCUCAGGAGCAAGGCCUUCUGUCUGUGAGUCUCAUUCCUCUGCUCUCAGCGGGCAGCGUCCCUCCCGGCGCUAGCCUGGCCUGAGUCUCGGUGCUCUGGCACCUGCGCCCAGGCCAGCACUUGGUUCAUCCUUAGCGGGUGGGUCUCAUCCUGAGCCCUCUCUGGGCUUGUAUUUUGUGACCAGCUGUCCCAAAAACCUGCCCCUGGAAUCCACUGCGACAUAGAUUUACCAGGAUAACCAGACAGUUCCCUGAUACUCAGUGUCUUGGGUAGAGUGUGCACAGCAGUCCGGUGUCGUAGCAGAAAGAGCCCUUAGCUGGGGUUAGCUCUUGGGAAUGGCACUCUAGCUCUUCGGCUGGGAGGUGAGGACACCGAUCCCUGCCGCACAGGGCUGUCCUGAAGAUUCAGACUCGUGGUUCUGAAGAGUCUCUGCGUUCAGUGCUCGCACACCCCAGAGACUGUGUUCUGCUGGUCACAGAGUAGUGAGCUGAGUACUUCCUCUUCUCCCACCAUGGCCUGGAGGUUAACCAUCCUCCCGCACAGCAGACUCCUUGCAUCCAAAGCCUGGCUCUUUCACCUGUUAGUCGUAUGACUCUGGGCAAACUCCUUAUAAAAUGGGAUCUAUUUCAUAGAAUAUUGUGAGGAUUAAAUUUUAGUGCCUCUGAAAGGAACUGGGACAGUACCUGGCAGGUGGUAGGUACUGAGGAAAAGUCAGCUUCUGCUGUGACUGUCUAGUUAACUCAGUAUCAUUUUUGAGCCAGACUGCCCUUUUAGAUGGCAUUUACAGAUGGCAGCGGGACCCGUCCCAUGCCAUCCUACACUUACACACCAGCCUCUGAAAAGAUGGUGGUAUGUUGCUUUUAGAUCUACAGGAUCCACAGGAUCUAAAUUCACGGUGGGGUUUUAAUUAGCUACUUGGAGUUUGGUCCCUUUAUUCAGUUCCACCUUUCAGGUAAAGGCCCUUCUGGUGGAAGUCACUUGAAAAACUAGAACAAAUCCGUGAGGGUGCUUGUCUUUCAAACAACGGGCACCGGGCUCAGUGAUGGUGCCUGUAUUUCCACAGUGACACAGAUUCCUGUCGCUGCCUAGAGUUCCUUACCAGCUUGGCAGAUAAAGUUCACACACAGAGAGAAAUCUUUACUUUAGAACCAGAUAACUGGAUACGACUGACCCAAAUGUUAUUUAAUUACAGUGAAAAGAUUUUCUCAAGUUUUCUUCUGAUCUUAUUCAAAGCCUCCCAUUUUCUGUGGAAUUUUAACGAGAGUCGAGGCUCUGGGAUUAAUGCAUACAUCCAGCCAUUUUUCCUUCAGAUCACUUCUAUUCAUUUAGUUGUCUUAAUACUCUAUUGUAUCCACUCGAUUAGGAACCGGGUGGAUGCAGAGGCAGUAAGAUUUGACCCACACAGUGUUUUUCUGUGGAUUCCUUCAUUAUGUCAUUUCUCGGUCCUAGAAUUAUUUUCCCUUAUUUCAUGAAUGUCUUCAUCUAGAUGCUUUAAACACAGAUGUUGGUCAUUCAUUCAACAUUUGAAAAAAUCCUCUCAAUUACUGGAUUUUUGAGAGUGUGCCAGAUAACCUUCUUGUUUUUUAAAUGUAGAAUGUUUAGUUUAAUCUUCACAAUAAUCUGAUGAAGUGGAAAUUUAUCAUUCCCAUUUCAGGAAUAAGUGAACUGAAUUUUACGAAGAUCAAGCAAAUUGCCUAAGGCUGCAUUGCUAACAAGUGGGAGACCUGGGAUUCGAACCAGGGCACUCUGAUUACAGAACGGGUGUUAGUAACGAAAGCACUUUGAAUAAGCAGAUAAGUGAGUCAAUGAAACCAGCCAGCAGACAGAAGGACCUUUAUGUCCUUCUUGCCAGCUUUUUGGCUGCUUGUACUCACCCUUCAUCCAAUUUUACCGGAACAGAAAGUCCCUUUGUUUACCUCAAAUGCCAGGUCAAAGGAAGCAUCUACCGUAGGCUCCUGAAGUGUUUCCCAAAGACAGUGUAGGUCUUUCAGGUUCCAGUUUAUUCAGGCUCCAGGCAUUAUCUCUAGGGCACCAUGAGCGCGUUCUAGUAGCUUACUGGGUUUUAAAUGAUGGGUUAUUUUGGUAAAGUGCCUGACUCCCAGAAGUCCCAGACAUUGCAUGUUCUCAGCAAGGAAAUCAGAUGCUUAGUCCUCUAGAAUAAUGGUUGUGUGCGUCCUGGCCCUUUUUAGUUGAUUUUUAGCAUUAUGGCCCCAGGGAGCUUUUAAAAAUAUAAAGCUAUUCAUGUCACUCCCGUGUCUAAAAGCUGCUGCUGGGACUUUGAAUUUACGAUGAUGAACUGAGCAUAUAAGUUUACUUCCCCUCCCU